GGGUACUGUUUUAGUCGUCGCCGUCAGAAAGCCAGUGCAGGCCGGAAGGAAGCGCCCUCGCUGCAGGCCGGGGGUGGGGGGUCGGGGAGGUCGGCCCCCCGCUCAGGGCUGGUCCCGGACCACCUCAGGCCCUGCCCGGGAACGCCCCUUGUUAUCCGGCUCUCCAGUCUCCCUGUCUGCAGCCCUGGCGACUGCGAGGGGCUGUGGCGAAUCUACCCCAGAGAUGCGAAUCAUCCCUGUGCAGUUAAAGAGCCGAGGAGCGUGUGUGCACUGGCGCAGUUGUCUUCGGAUACGAGCGCAGUUGCGGUGAGGUCAAAUGAAGAGCCACUCCUCAGAAAGAGUUCCCGCCGGUUUGUCAUCUUUCCAAUCCAGUACCCCGAUAUUUGGAAAAUGUACAAACAAGCACAGGCAUCUUUCUGGACAGCAGAAGAGGUUGACUUAUCAAAGGACCUCCCUCACUGGAACAAGCUUAAAUCAGAUGAGAAGUAUUUCAUCUCCCACGUCUUAGCCUUUUUUGCAGCCAGUGAUGGAAUUGUCAAUGAAAACUUGGUGGAGCGUUUCAGUCAGGAGGUGCAGGUUCCAGAGGCCCGCUGUUUCUAUGGCUUUCAGAUUCUCAUCGAGAAUGUUCAUUCAGAGAUGUACAGUUUACUAAUAGAUACUUACAUCAGAGACCCAAAGAAAAGGGAAUUUUUGUUUAAUGCAAUUGAAACAAUGCCGUAUGUUAAGAAAAAAGCAGACUGGGCCCUGCGCUGGAUAGCAGAUAGGAAGUCUACUUUUGGGGAGAGAGUGGUGGCCUUCGCCGCCGUGGAAGGCAUUUUCUUCUCUGGGUCAUUUGCUGCUAUAUUCUGGCUGAAGAAGAGAGGCCUCAUGCCCGGACUCACUUUUUCAAAUGAGCUCAUCAGCAGGGAUGAGGGACUUCAUUGUGACUUUGCUUGCCUGAUAUUUCAGUACUUGGUGAAUAAGCCUUCAGAAGGAAGGGUCAGGGAGAUCAUUAUGGAUGCUGUUAAAAUUGAGCAGGAAUUUUUAACAGAAGCCUUGCCUGUCGGCCUCAUUGGGAUGAACUGUGUUUUGAUGAAACAGUACAUUGAGUUUGUAGCUGACAGGUUGCUUGUAGAACUUGGAUUCUCAAAGAUUUUUCAGGCAGAAAAUCCCUUUGAUUUUAUGGAAAACAUUUCAUUAGAAGGGAAAACAAAUUUCUUUGAGAAACGAGUUUCUGAGUAUCAGCGCUUUGCAGUCAUGGCGGAAACCACAGAUAAUGUCUUCACCUUGGAUGCAGAUUUUUAAAGCCCUCCUCAUCUAAAACAAUAUAGUAGAAGCCGGGGAUGGUUGCGCACACCUUUAAUCCCAGCACUCGAGGGAGGCCAAGGCAGGUGGAGUUUGAGGACUGUCAGGGCUACAUAUAGAAUAGAGAUCUGUCUCAAAACCAAGAUAAUAAUAGCAAAAGCAAGCUAACAAAGAAAACCAUGUAGAAACCUGUCAUUGGUAAAUAGCAAUUUAUUUUUCUGAUCUUUUGAAACCGAGCAUCUCCUUUAAGGGAAUGGGAGUUUGAGUAGAAGGAAAUGUAAAACUAAAUUCUAAACAAUUGAUUUAUCUAAAUGCACUUCAGUUAUUUAUACAAUGAGAGCGUGUGACCUAAAUGCCUGUUUUGUUUAUUUGUUUUGUCAUGAGCACAAAGAGCAAUGGGAGCAUGGACAUUCUACCCUUACUCCUUUGUGUGACCUUGGUGGGUCAGUUACCCACUGUAAACUUCAGGGCACUUAUCUGUAAAAUGUGUGCAAUAGCAAGUCCCAAACUCAUGGGGUGACAGAAGGGUUAAUACACAGAAAUAAAUUUCCCUCCACUGCCUUGACUACUAAUUAAUAUUAAUGAUAAGAUUAACUGCAGUGACAUUGUGAUGAAAUACACUCCAAAGUGAUUGUGAUUCUAGGUUAGAUGGAGAUUUAGAACUCAUUAGAUUUUUGUGCUUUUAAUGCUUGCAGGAAGAAUAUAAAAAUAUGAAAUCCUUAGAGAGGUCACGAUUAUCAUCAACCUCUCUGCAUUUCUCAAUCUGCAGUAAAGAAUGUAGCUUGUAAUUGCUUAGGGUGGAAGGCUAUGGAGGAGAAUCCAGAAGUGACCACAGUUGUGGACCUUGUAAACAAAGUGAUUCUUCUUCAGGAAUUAAAAAGAUAACUAUUGGCAGGUGCAGUCCUGGAAUGUUUAGAACCAGCAUAGAUGGGCAUUUCCCAAAGUCAUAUUCUCAGAACUGGUAGAUCUUCCGGAGUUUUUGUGAUAGAAAAAGAGAUUUGGUGGGAAAUGCUGCACACUUCAUCCCUUCUUAGAAUGUCCAGUCAGCACAGCAGCUGGGGUGGUGUGUACAGAAGCCUUCACCUUGCUGCCCACAGGUACUCACAGGAGUCGGCCAACAGCUCCCACAGCAGAGUGCACUGGGAAAGCCGGCCCAGAAUCAUUUAUACACACUGAAAAUGGACAAAACAGGGAAGGGUAGGACUAUUGAACCAUUUCAGAUUUAUGCCAAGCUGAGAAAGCUGUUUAAGAUUGGCCUCAUCUGUGUGUCUUUAUACUUUUACAUCUCUUUACAAUGUUAUAAAGGAAUGUUCUUUUAGUGGAAGUGUGUUAUGCUGUAUAAUAAGACGAUGGGGGAGAUGGAAGUCCUUAGGAAAGAUUCAGGAAAGGCCAGGAGCCUGGACACCUGGACAGUGUGCCCCUCUUCGCUUUCAGGAAGCCCCAAGAGGAAACCUAAGCCCCAUCAAACCCUGGUUCCUACUCAGUGAAGUGCCUGCUGCCCAGACAUGAGGGCCUGAGUCCAACACCUACAUAAAAACCAUAGCAGCACACACUCAUACACUUGCCAUACACUUGCACAUGCACACACAUGCAGACACACAAAGUACAAAUAAAAUCCUGGAAACUGAAAUUCAGAGAUUUCUGUCUAUAUAAGUUUUUAUUCCAUAUGUUCUUCAACUAUCUGGUUGAUCAAAACUAGGAAUUAUAGAUGAAUGCAUGAGAGACAGCAUAAUUCUACUGUUGGAGGGAAUAUCAAAAAUGAAACAUUUUGGCUUAUGGUCCAUACUGUUUUUUUGUUGUUGUUGUUUUGCCAUGUGCUUCCAGCUGGUCAUGUGGUCACCCAGCACCCUUCUAAGCUUGACAGAGCAGCCAGUACUAAAGCAUGGGGAGAGGGGCGAUGGGCCCAAGAAGCUGAAAACCUUAGCUGAGAUUCCAGCCACUGUCCUUACACUGUAAGAUUCUGAGGCUGUCACAACCUUUAAAUUUUGUCCAUUGUGAUUGCUUUGGCCUAUUCCUUUAUUAAAGUGUCACAAACUACCAAGCAUUGAUACUUAUGAUCCUUCAGAGUACUUUAGAGGGUCUAAAGGAUCCUUUCAAUUAUCAAAGGGCAAUGGGUAUUGGAGUGGAAUGUUUCAAGGUAUCUGUCUCCUGUCGUACAAAAACUUCUCAAACCUAAUCACCCCAGACUGAAAGAAAACAGUUCUAACAGUGUAAAUUCUCAAAGUUUUAGAGCCAGAUCUUCCUCAUGAGAAAUGACAGGUGCCUUCAUGUGAUACAUUUAAUAGUAGCAAGCAAACUGUGUUUAAUAGAAGUCUUAAUACUGAGAACUGAAUUUGUAAUACACUGUUCCAUUACUAUAUUCAGUAUCCUAUGCCCUUUCAGUUCCUCCAAGUUGCACAUUAUAUUUAUUAUGUUUAAUAAAGAAGAAUCCGGAAGUUAGAGGAUGUCUUUUUAGUAUCUCACAGGUAAAGAAAAUUUAAGUUUAUGGCUUUUCUCUUUUUUGUUGUUGUUGUUGUUCGAGACAGGGUUUUUCUGUGUAGUUUUGGUGGCUGUCCUGGAACUCGGUCUGUAGACCAGGCUGGCCUCAAACUCACAGAGAUCCGCCUGCCUCUGCCUUCCAAGUGCUGGGAUUAAAGGCGUGCGCCACCACCGCCUGGCGGCUCUUCUCUUUCUUACAGCACAUGUGUUCCAGAGAAAUUUAGUUUAUCAUAGAACUGUGUUUUUAUAUUUUAAGAUAAUAAACAAUUUUGUUAUAACAAUAGUUUUAAUACAUGUUUUAGCAUGUAGAAUCAUGACAUAGAGCAACUUUGGAUGAGUUUAUUCCAGUGCUUUAUGCAGAACUGAAUUUCAGUAAUAAGCAGUUAUUUUAUGAUGUAAGCCACUCCCAGCCAUGCCAUUGUUUGGACAUGUUAUAGCUGUUUCAUUUUAAAAUAUCCAGAUUCUUUUACCACUUUAUUAUAUUUCAUUUUCCUUCUUUUAGCUGGAGUCUCAUCAUGUGGUCUGGCCUGCAUUGCACUCUUGAUUCUCCUGCUCCAGCCUUCCAAGUCCUAGGACUAGAGGUGUGCGCCACCAUGCCCAGAUACUACUUUAUUUUUUGUGCAUGAAGAAAUGUGCGUGUUCAAAAAUAAUUUAAUAUUCAGAAUUAUGUAUUUUAUAUAUAAUUAAAUCUAUUUAUGUCAUUCUCAUAUACUCUCCAGAUUUAACUUUCACAGCUAAGCAAAGAACUCCAUGUUGCUUCAGUGAUAAAGAAACUUUGGUGGGCUUCAUUAAAGCCAAAUCAGCUCUAAAAUCAAGUAUCGUGUUGUGAACUAAUUGGGAGAGUUGGCAGCCAACUCAGGAAGACCCUGGGUGAAUAACUCAGGAGUGAGAUUGUCU